ACAUGUGAAGCUUCACGAAAAGCACUAUCUCACUUUCUCUCUCUAUUCAAUGUUUAUAAAAUUAAAGGCUCUUUCUUCUUAAUAGUCAAGAUAACACAACACAAGACAACGUUGUUGUUUUCGUUUCUUUUUCCUCUGUUUUCUUUACUCUCUUCCAAACAACAACAUGUCUUCAAUCUCACACGGUCUUGUUUUAACAACAGCCAUGCUUCUUUCAACCACCGUUCUUUACCUUACUUUCUCUAAGCAAAAAUCAUCAUUUCAAAUUCAUGAAACUUCUAAUUCCAACAACAAACCGAUUCUACGAUCUUGCUUAUACUCAGAGGAAAAGAAGAGAGAAAAAAGAAGGAAGAAGAAAAAGGUUAAGUUUUCCGAAAAUGUGAUGGUGAAGGAAGAAGAAAGUGAAAGUAAUGAGGAAAUUAAGGAAAAACAGGAGAAGAAGAAAAACAGAUUAUCGAUAAAUAAAUGCAGAAAUGGAAUUCAUGAAGAACGUGGAAUGCCAGCUAAUAGAAUUGCUUUGUAUAAUGGAAUUUUGAGAGAUAGAGUUCAGAGAAUGGGGUAUUGUCAUUGAUCAUCGUGAGGAUUUUAAAAAUGGUCCGCGACUGCGAAAACUGCUGCGAUAAAACAGGAUGAUCAGAUAUCGAUACUAAUAUCAAUGGUAUGGUUAAUUUACACAGCGACGGCCGUAACAACUAAAUUGAUCGAAAUCGUGAAAGCCUUGUGAAAAAAAUUAGAAGUUAGAACAUGGGAGUGAAUUUUCAGGGUAUAGAACUACUCUGUUUUUUUUUUCUUUUAUUUUUUAUUUUAUUUUAUUUUUUAGAAGGGUGUGUUGGAAAUAUUUGAAGUCCAAAUUGAUCGAAAAAUGGUUGGGAGUUAUAGAGAGGAUAUUUUUGUAAAUAAGGUGAAGAAGUUGGAGAAAAAUCUAAUGUAUUCUUGUGGUUGUAAAUAGUUCCUUAGUCUUUGUCCAACUCAUACAAUUUUAAGAGUGAAAUUAAUGUAUACCAAUAUCAAUAAUUGAAUUAUUUGUUUUUUCUUCUCAA